AGAAAAAAGAGGUUUUUAUGGGACAACCCAAUGUAUCUGUCUGUACUGUUGUGAUUUUUUGCAAAAAUUCCUUCUUUCUUUCUGGCUGAAAUAAUCUUGCGAAAUAGCUCGUUUGGAAGUGACUGCAAGGAAUAAAAGGCAUAAAAGGCGUCAACGUUGCUGCGCAAAAAGAGGAAUUUCGUAACAUCUGAAUCAUGGAUUUCAUGGAUGAGGACAUGGACGAGGAGGACACGAUGGAGGACAGCGAUUCGGACUACGAGCCCAUCCUCAAUUGGAGUCUCUUCCACGAUAGAGAUAGUGGUAUACGGGGCUCAGCUGCCACGAGGCGCUCCUACAUCCUUCUGGUGCUGCAGAAUCUCGUAGGAAGUGGCCUGAUUGAGUACGAGGGCAAUGAGUUGGCACGGAAACUGCCCAAAAUCCAGGGGAAACAGACAACGGACUCACUCAUGCAGAAUGACUUCUACCGCAGUGUUUUGGCAGCAACUGGGGGCAACAACAAUCCCCAGCGCCCGUGGAAUGUGGCACAGAUGCUGAAUCAACGACAAAAUCUCAGCCCCUGGACGUCGGCGCAAAAGUGCAGGGUAAACAACUUGUACGUGCCCAAGAUUAAGGAACGCGUGGCCAUGAAGUGCGACUCAAAGGUCUUCUGCGGGAGCUUCACACCCAAUGGGAAGUACUUCGUGACAGCCUGCCAGGAUGGGGAGAUUAGUGUCUACGAUGCAACAACGUGCGCCUACAGACGUGUCAACACACUCAUGGGGCGAGAUGUGGAGUGGAGUAUCUUGGACAUGGACUUUUCACCCGAUGGACAAGAGUUUGUUUAUGCCACAAGGUCGUGUUGUCUUCACGUUGGGAAUCUCCUUGGACGGAGUGCUGAAAUCACCUGCAUUCCCUUUGAUGAAUUCUCCGUCCACAAAUUUGCAUCGUAUAGCGUUCAAUUCGCCAGCGGGGGUCAUGAGAUUGUGGCGGGAUGCAGCGAUGGGGCUGUCUCGGUGUUUGAUCGUGAAAAGUCUACGUGGACUGAGCGUGCCUUUGAGGAUAACAUGGAGGUGAAUGCUGUGCGGCUGCUCGAGGAUAAUUCCCACAUUGUCUGUGCGGGUUCCGAUGAUGGGGCCAUCCGGAUAUACGAUCGUCGAUCCAUGGCAACCAAGUCGCGUGGGAGUAUGGGGAUGUUUGUGGGGCAUCUCGAUGGGGUGACGUCGAUUGAUGUGAAGAACGACGGGAGGUACUUCAUUACAAAUUCCAAGGAUCAAACGAUAAAGUUGUGGGAUGUACGGGUGACGUCGAAGGAGAGUCAAAUUCAGGAGUUUGCCGCCGGCAAGAGGGAGGCCUAUCGCGAUUGGGACUAUCGAUGGAACACCGUUCCUCAGAGCUAUUACAAAGUAAAUGAACUGGCUGGUGAUACGAGCGUAAUGUCCUAUCGUGGUCAUCGUGUCUUCAAGAGCCUCAUCAGGGCUAAAUUUAGUCCUGCCCGGACAACGGGACAGAGGUACAUUUACACGGGCUGUGGCACAGGGUAUCUUGUGAUGUAUGACGUUCUCACGGGAGAAAUGGUUCAGGCAAUACGUGGACACUCCAAUAUUGUGAGGGAUGUAGCUUGGCAUCCCUCUCGUUCGGAAAUUCUCACAAGUUCCUGGGAUCACAAUGUUAAUUUGUACUCAUACAAAGCAGAAGGAUGGAAGAGGGAAGCUAAAACUGGUGUAACUCUCAGGCGUUCCCUGCGAAUUGCCAAUCGCAAUCGACGCCUACGAUCGGAGAGCUCGUAGAAAGGCAUCUCCGUAACCCAAAAAAAAACAUUUUAUCUCCUUCAGGGAGCAUCAACAUUCAACAUGAAGUGCUCGUGAGUUUAAAUUCUUUACAUUUCUUUCUUUUUUUUUUUCCUUUUGAAUACAAAAAAUAAAUUAUAUUAGACUGUGGAAAUGUACUUCUUUAGACAGAGAGGGUUUUGAAAUAAAUGAAGUUCUUUUUUUGUAUGAGGAAAUAAUCACACAAUAAAUAUUAUUACCUUAUGAAAA